UAAGCCCAUCAAUAGCUUUUACUAAGGUAGCUAAAUACGAUCUGCAUAACUGAGAAAGCUAGCCAGAUCCACACUAUAACUAAGGGAUGACGCUGAAGAGGACCUGCUUAGUGGUGGGGUCUCUAAAACAUUUUUCAUGUGUGUGGGAGUGCUCUGAAUAUAAUAAGCAGCAUUAACCACCUGGAAAAAUACCAUUCUGCCAGCUGUGAACACAUCUUCAUGAGUGAGUUUGGUGUGGAGGAACUUCACAGAGUUAUCCAUGUCUUUAUGGACCUUGCUUUGUGCACUGGUGUGCAGUCAUGUUGGAACAGGAAGGGGUCAUCCCCAAACUGUUCCCACAAAGUUGGGAGCAUGAAAUUGUCCAAAAUGUCUUGGUAUGAAGCUGAAGCAUUAAGAGUUCCUUUCACUGGAACUAAGGGGCCGAGCCCAACCCCUGAAAAACAACACCUGAAUUCCAAUGAUUUGGAGGGGUGUUCCAAAACUUUUGGCAAUAUAGUGUAUUUGUUUCAGUUCAGUUUAUUUUUUCCCAGUGUUCCCCCCCAGUUUUCUUUUAGAGACGAUGUCAUAUGACAUAGUAAACUAUCUUUUCUAUAAAAAGCACAAUCAUCCACUUUCCUCUUAUUGCCCAUUUCUUCUUGCAGUUUGUGGUUAGUGACCUCUGCCCUCUUCAGGAACUAAAGCAUUCGAGUAACCAUCACAAAUAGCAGUUACAAGCCAAAAUCAAUGACUUCUGAAGUGGAAGACUGUACCACACUAUUUUCUAAAGGACUGAAGAAAAGGGUUGCUAGCAGCUUUCUAUGUAAUUUCCACUCAGAAAGGAGCACUGGAAGGGAAAAAUCGGCCAGAUAGAAAAAGGUCUGAAUAAUAUUUGGAACCGUGGUGAGUUUGUGCAAAGAUACGUAAAAGGUAAACCUGACAGAAAAUAGUCACAAACCAAGUGAUUUUAUAUAGCCUCAUGUUUCCACAACAAAAACUAUUUCUCAUUAACAUGUAAUCCAGCCAUGCCUUCCUGCAGUGCUAAGUACAUGAAGGCAUCAAACAUGCCAGCAUGCAACUGCACAUGUGCCCUGUAUCAACGUGCACACUUAAUCAAUUUACAGUUUAAAGAACAGAUAAUUGUGGCUUAUGAAAUUUGCACCGCACUUGCUUAACAUAUAAAAUGCAAAUAUAAUCCAUUUCUAUAGGCCCUGCUUCCUCAGAUUCCCUCACUCUUCUGUGUGGCUUGAUAUACCUGAUGUGGCACACAAACACUUUAGUUUCACUUUAGAUUUAUUCUAUAGCAUUAAGCUGCCAUAUAGAGAGAAAGUCAGAGAUUGAGGGCACACAGGAAGCCAUGGCAUCAGAAGAAACAACUCCACUGUUACUGAAUACAAAGAGACAAAUAAGAAAUGGCAGGCUCUAUGUUGCUGCCUUUUCAGCUAUUUUGGGCAGUUUUGUGUAUGGAUAUUCCAUGGUACUUCCCUCCGCUGUGAUUCCACAGGUUCAGGAGGAUGAUGAUCCAAGUAUGCACAUGAAUGUUGAUCAGAUUUCUUGGUUUGGGUCUGUUUUUGCGGUUGGAGCUAUAGUAGGAGGGUUGAUUGCCAUGCUGAUAAUCGACAAAAUUGGAAGGAAACACACCAUCAUGAUGUCCGUAAUUCCCUCCACGGUGGGGUUUCUCACGAUUGCACCAGCGAAUAAAGUGUGGUUGCUUCUCCUCGGAAGAUGUUUCACAGGCGUUGCUGCUGGCAUUACAGCCAGCUCUGUUCCUGUCUAUGUGUCAGAGAUUUCACAUCCAGGUGUCAGAGGAUUCCUGGGAUCCAGUCCUGAGAUCAUGAUUGUCAUUGGAGGUCUGGCACUCUAUGCUCUCGAUUUGGUUCUACCAUGGCGGUGGCUGGCUGUAGCUGGUGAAGUACCUGUUCUGAUUAUGGUAAUCCUGAUGUGCUUCAUGCCAAACUCUCCACGUUACCUCAUCACUAAUAACAAAAUGAAUGAAGCUGAAAGAGCCCUCAAAUGGCUCAGGGGCCAUGAUUUAGACUCUACUGAUGAACUCAAUCAAAUUCAGCACAGUAUCGAAUCCCAGGCUGGAACGCAGUGGUCAGAUCUUAAGAGUCCAUUCCUCUUUAAGCCAAUCUUGAUCUCUGUGUUUAUGAGAAUCCUGCAGCAGAUGACAGGUAUUGCACCCACCUUGGUUUAUCUGGAGCCAAUCUUUGAGAAAACAGCUGUUUCACUGGCACCCAAGUACGAUGCAGCCAUAGUGGGAUUUGUUAGACUGGUCACUGUUAUAAUCGCAGCUGGUUUAAUGGACAAAGCUGGCAGGAAAUCUCUACUUUACAUAUCAGCAUUUAUAAUGCAUCUGGCCAUGCUGACAUUGAUCAUAUACACCCUCAAAAUAUCAUGUAACCCUGGGAACAUAACUGUUGAGGCCCUGUCUGCUAAAGAGCCAUAUGAAGCCAUUAGUAGCAUUACAGUUAUCCCCCUCAUCAGCAUCAUCUUUAUAACACUUGGUUAUGAAAUAGGUUGGGGUCCGAUUACAUGCCUGCUGAUGCCGGAGAUCCUGCCGAUGAAAGUGCGUGGCAUUGCUGCAGGCCUGAGUGUGGUGGUCAAAUACAUCACUGCUUUUGUGCUGACAGACAUCUUCAUGCAUGCAGUGGACACAUAUGGACUCUUUGCACCGUUUGUGUUCUUCGGUGUGGUCUGCGUUGUGAACAUCAUAUUCACAGCCAAGUGUGUGCCUGAAACAAAAGGACGAACGCUGGAGGAAAUUGAGAAUUAUUUCAAAAAUAUACGCACCUUCAGCAUUGCUGAAAGCUGAAAUUCUUUAAUGCAACCAUAGAGAGGUUAUCCCAGGCAGCUUUUUCAGAACUUAAGUCACCUUCUUCAUUGCUCAGAGCUAAUCUCUAAAUUAAAUUUUUUUAUUUGGAAUUUAUAUAAUGAAUUUAUAUGUUAGUGUAAAUCUGCUUUGCGAGAAUGUCCAUUAAAAGUGAGUUGACCUGAAUUAAAUAGACCAAACUUUGUUCAGUUUUAUGGAUGUAAUUUU